CAGCUAUUUUGACGUCAGGAAUAAUCAUUACUUUCUCAUCCGGGUCUCCACUCGCCUCUUGUGGUGUUAUUCAUUUUAUAAAAGCUGGUCUUAUUUAUGUAUGUAUUUAUUUAUUUAAUUAUUAUUAUCAUUUCGGGGGAGUUCUGGAUUCCAGUUUAAUCUGGUGCUCGUCUCUUUAUCUGAAGAAAGCGCGUGUGCAGUAGCGGAAAGUGCUGAUCUAACUGCACAGUUGUGUGUUUCUGAUGAAAAUGUAAUGGAUUCAGAAUGGAGAUAGCGUUGGUAACUUUUGAAAACCGUGGUGCUACUGCCAUUGUGAGCGGAGGCAAUGCCAGUGGAGGGUGCGCGAGCUUUCUGAAUCUCCCCCAAGCACCUUUUGCACAAUCUCGGUUGAAGGAGGUCUACGACAAAGAAAUGAACUCUUGCAACAGCCUGCAACAGGACCCUUGGAAAAUGAACGACAUGAAUAAUACUUGCAGCAGCAGCGAGAAUGCCAUGGAUGCUCUGCUGAGGGCUGAUCACAGCCCUCAUCUUUUAGAUGAAGACAUCUUGGAUAUGGAUGGUGAGAACAGCGAACGGGUAUUAAUUAACAUUGCUGGACUCAGGUUCGAGACUCAACUGGGAACCCUGAACCAGUUCCCAGACACUUUGCUCGGGGACCCCCAUAAAAGGAUAAAGUACUUUGACCCCCUCCGAAACGAGUACUUUUUCGACCGGAAUCGGCCCAGUUUUGAUGGGAUACUUUAUUUUUAUCAAUCAGGUGGGAAAAUAAGGAGACCUGUGAACGUCUCCAUAGAUAUAUUUGCGGAUGAGAUCCGUUUUUACGAGCUGGGGGAACAAGCAAUGGAGAAGUUCAGGGAGGACGAGGGAUUUAUUAAGGAGGAAGAGAAACCUAUGCCUAAAAAUGACUUCCAGAAACAGGUAUGGCUCCUCUUCGAGUACCCGGAGAGCUCCAAUCCAGCACGGGGGAUCGCCAUUGUAUCUGUUCUGGUGAUCGUCAUAUCCAUUAUAACCUUUUGUUUGGAAACGCUGCCAGAGUUUCGAGAUGAGAGAGAGCUACCACUGUCUGUCAGUGGAACUAAUACUACUCAGGCUCUACCACCGAGUAGCACGUCAGACCCUUUCUUUAUAGUAGAGACUACCUGUGUGAUUUGGUUCACGUUUGAGCUUACUGUAAGAUUUUUUGCCUGUCCCAGUAAAUCGGCGUUUUCCAAAAACAUGAUGAACAUAAUAGAUAUUAUGGCUAUCAUCCCCUAUUUUAUCACCCUGGGCACAGAACUAGCAGAGCAACAAGGCAACAACGGGCAACAGGCGUUGUCACUGUCGAUCCUAAGAGUAAUUCGUCUGGUCAGAGUGUUUAGGAUCUUUAAGCUAUCAAGACACUCCAAAGGGCUGCAGAUUCUGGGUCAGACACUGAAAGCCAGUAUGAGGGAGCUUGGCCUUUUAAUCUUUUUUCUGUUUAUCGGUGUCAUUCUGUUCUCCAGCGCUGUUUACUUUGCAGAGGCAGAUGAGCCCGAGUCCCAUUUCUCCAGCAUCCCUGAUGCGUUCUGGUGGGCUGUGGUAACCAUGACGACCGUAGGCUAUGGAGAUAUGCGACCCAUUACAGUCGGAGGGAAAAUUGUAGGCUCUCUGUGUGCUAUUGCCGGCGUGUUGACCAUUGCAUUGCCAGUACCUGUCAUUGUGUCCAACUUCAAUUACUUCUAUCACAGAGAGACUGACCAGGAAGAGCACACUUCUCUUAAGGAAGAGCCAAACAGUGGCCACGAAAGCCCUUGUAGUGACCUGAAGAUGAGCCGCAGCAACGCAUCUCUUAACAAGUCUACAGCCCAACUCGAAAUCAGUGAUGGGGUCAACAAUGGACGGUCAAUGGAAAAAACAAGCCUCAAAGCAAAUAGCAACAUGGACCUUAAAAGGUCUCUUUAUGCGCUUUGCUUAGACACAAGUAGAACCACAGACCUGUAAAUCAAAGUGCGUGUUGGGUUAGGUACAGUAGAUAUCAAUAGACAGUGUUUGCUGUUGAGAGCUUUCUUUUGUAUGUCGAAAAAGCCCAUAUAAACUGCAUAUAGGCCCAUGCAUAUAUAUUUUUUACAGUAUUUGCGCAGUGAGAUCGAUCAACACAUUUAUUCCCAUAAAUGACGUGUGUAGACUUUUUAACAUAAACUACUUAAAGAUUUGUAAUGUAUUACGUUUACAGUACAGAUAACCGAAAGUAAGUAUUCAAUACUGAUACAGUACUGUUUUUGUGAUGUUGAGUAGAGAAGUAGAUGUCGCUCUUUAAACACAAACGUAUGUGGUGGUAUUUAAAAAAAAAAAAAAAGUAUUUUGAAAUUAAUUUUAUAUUUUGUAAACAGAUGGAAAAAUAAAAUUAAGACUAUAUUUUAGAUACCAAUGAUUUGAUUUUGAAAGAAACACAGAUUCAUUCUUUUUAAACAAAUCCAAACUAUAAACUGGGCCAGGAAUUAGAACGCGUAUAUAUAAAAAAAAGCUUUCAUUUUGAAAAAGGAACAAGUUAUUAUUAUUAUUAUUAUUAUUAUUAUUAUUAUUAUUAUUAUUAUUAUUAUUAUUAUUAUUAUUAUUAUUAUUAUUAUUAAUAAUAAUAAUAAUGUGUGGAAUUUGGUGCUGUCAGUUUAAAACAGGGGGACGUCAAUUGUUUCUUAAUCUUUUCUUUAUAUUUGAGCAUUAAUUUUCAGAAUAUUAGGAACACAAAUAUCUAAUAUGUGUGAAUAUCUCGUUACCUAUUAGAACUACCGCGGUUCCUAGUGUUGCUGUUCUCAUCCAUCUACUUCAUAUCCAAAGAAGCCGUACUUGCAGCUGCAGAGUUUCUACAGCCUUCUCUAUAUUUAACAAUGUACUCAUGAACGUUGUGUUUAUUUUAAAGGGUUUUCGAGAAGAACCAUAACAGAUCGUGUCGUUUUAUGUUGCAGUAUUUUCAUUUUUUUUAAUACCCACAUUGACUGUAUCCAUCUGUGGCAGAAAAGUGUAGCACGUGUUUCAGCAACAUUCAAAACUCUAAUGGAUUUUUUGUUUGUGUUUUAAAACCGAUAUUCUGAACAAUGUAAAGAAACGCAUCAUGCAACAGUUGACUUUGCAAAAACACCCAGCAGCAGAUCCAUAUAUGUUUGAAAUACAAAUUACUUUUCUGUCAGAUUCACCGGGUCUGGGUUGUAUCCUUUUAAUGGCAAUGACAUAAGAACGUGCUAAGAAAGUUAUCAGUAACAUCUCCCAGCGUUUUCAAUGAGGAAUCUAUUGACAAUUGACCGCGUUAAAGAACAGAGGGAAUCUGCCAUCAUUCCCCGAGGAUAGCCAACGAAAACAUUUGCAGACCAGGAGGUCAGUUGAUGGAGUAAAAUAAGGAAGCAAAUCCCACGAGAAGAGCCCCGGUGCCUGCUGGCAAAGACGAAAGAAUUCUGUGUCUUGAAAAUCCAACACUGAAGCCAGAGACUCACCCAUCGAUGAACAAGACAACACCAACACAACAAAGAACGCUUUGAUAGGACGUCCCCAGUACGUAAAACAGAAUUUGUGCCUAAAGAAGACUUGGUUCAUCUAGCAAAUGUCAAGAAUUCCCUUCGUCAAAAGAAUCGCAGCUCUUCUUAUAUAAAACUGUUAUUUUUAGCUUGUUUAGACAAACCUGUGCCUUUUUCUUUAUAUAUACUGUAUAUGUGUGUGUGUAUGUGUAUAUAUAUAUAGAUAGAUAGAUAGAUAGAUAGAUAGAUAGAUAGAUAGAUAGAUAGAUAGAUAUUUCUCUUUAAAGUCUCAAGCCUACCUACUUCAGAACAUUAACUUAAAAAUACAUGGCGGUUAAUCCUGUUGACAUUUUAAAAAUAAUUGAUUUCAAUGUGCUGGAGACGGAUAAAAACACUUUACCUGAUUAGUGUGCUUCUGUUAGAAAAGACAAGUGCCUGAGCCAAUGACCGAGCCCUGCUAGCAAAGACAGACAGCAAACAAGGCAAAGAGGAACCAAUGAGAAACCUUGUUUGUAUUGCCAAGCGAAUUGAUGAAAGAAAAAGAAGGGCGUGUGACAAUAUCUGAAAUUGUAGGAACUAAGUCAGUCAGUCAGAACUAAAAAAUAAAUAGAAACCCAAAAGAACAUAAAUAAUAAUGUAAUGGAUAUUGAACACAGAGCAAACCAACAGGGGCAAAAACAGAAGCUAGAGGUAGGCGUUAACAAUACAAGGCUUACUGUAUAAGGGACUUUCACCUUAAAAUACACAGAGAGUACACUGUGCGACUGCCUGAUGGUAAGUGGAGAACUACAAUGCACAUUGUGUAAUACUGGGCACUUCUCAGACCUGACCUCUUAGGUGUAGUAGGUUGACAAAAGGUUUGAACAUGCGACUCAUUUUUGCUUAAUACUGUAUAUUUUAAGUAGCCUAAUUCAUUAAUAAUGUACAAUGAGAUUUAACCACAGGUACAAACCAAACAUAUAAUUAAAUGUAUCUGGUUCUUUUUUGUUAAGAUUGAAAGCCAAUGUUUUAGCUUUUACAGUUUUUAAUUUAAUGUAACAUUUAGUACCGACGGUAUGACCCAUGGAGGAUAGUCCAAGAAUCUCAUUAUUUGUGUCUAUCUGCCAGGAGUCGUUGCUCUGUGCUCAGUGGUUUUACUAUCAUAGCAUUACAAAUGGGCAUACUGACUUAUAACCACCAAUUACUUAAGGUUUACUAUUUAUUGCUUUCUAAACAAAAGUAAAUGCAACAUAUUUUUGUUGUCCUUAGGAAUGCACAUAGUAUCACAAUAUGAUUCUAAUACAGAUUUAAUAAAUACAAUGUGGCAGCAAAAUCUACUAACUGUAGAGAUUCAGAAUAGUUCAUUUUAUGAUCAGUUUUACAUUAUUCCAUCUAAUCUGUAAACUGACAGUUCUGUGUUUUAUUUAUUUAUUUAUUUAGCAUAUAGAAUAGAAUAGAAUCUCUUUCAAAUGUUACAAAUAUCUUGUGAGUACAGUAAAUCAUUCAGGAUGUUUGUUUUACUAAGCAUAAGUGUAAUGGAGGUUAAAUACAGGUCCUACUACAUCACAAGAGCUUUUAGAGUUACGUUGUCAUGUUCAGUUUUUUUUUUCUUUCUAUAAUAUGAUUGGUUGAUGUCUGUUUUAUCCAGUCUUGUAACCUUUACACACUACUUUUUCUGGAAACAGUCCAGUUUGUUUACAUUCCUCAAAGGAAGUUUCAGCUGAAGGUAGACACCUGCCCCUCUUGAACCUUGAAACAGGGACAGAGACAGGCUCCUGAUUCUACCUUCAGCAGUAAGAGGUUAUAUCGCAGCGCUCAGGAAGCUAAAACAAACAUUUUACAAGGUUGGUUGCCUUUUUUCCCCAAAAUGUGUUUUAUGCUGAUGCUAUAUAUUGCAGAGGAAACACAAAAAGAGCUGAUUUUCAAUAAGAUUAGUGUGUGUGUGUGUGUGUGUAUAUAUAUAUAUAUACUUGUAACCAGAAGGUCCCCGGUUCAAAUCCGACCUCAGCCACUGACUCAUUGUGUGACCCUGAGCAAGUCACUUAACCUCCUUGUGCUCCGUCUUUCGGGUGAGAUGUAAUUGUAAGUGACUCUGCAUCUGAUGCAUAGUUCACACACCCUAGUCUCUGUAAGUCGCCUUGGAUAAAGGUGUCUGCUAAAAUUAAAAAAUAUAUUAUAUAUAUAUAUAUAUAUAUAUAUAUAAACCAUACAGGACACAAUACCUUUAAAAGUCAGUUUAAUACAUUUGAAAUUACAGCACCACAACCUACCAAGACUAUUCAUACUGGGAAAUAUUUCUAACGUAAAUUCAGGUCCAUCAGUCUCUAUUGCUUUAAAACAACGCAAUGCUGCUAAUUGACUGUUUGGGGUUUCUUUUCUUUUCUUUUUUUUUGGUGUGUGUGUGUGGGGGGGGGGAGUCCUAAUGAAAACUUAAAAAAAAAAAACUUGCUAACAAUAUUUGAGCUAGUUAUAAGCAAACAGAUAAGAAAUGUGAACUACAUGAGCUAACAUGAAAUCUUACAUGAACUAACAGACCAGUUUUUGUUGAUUGUGUCUAUUUAAUUUACAAUUGUGGUUGCAUAUCCUGUGAGUAUAAAGUGAGUAUAAUGUAUCUGUAUUUAAUUGUAUUCCAUUUGUAGAACUUGUGUUGUUUACACUUUCAUUAAAGCAAUUGGGAUUCUUCAAGGCCAGCAUCCUUCACUUCCUGUAAGAAUGUUGUCUUUUUAAAGCUGCAGUGUCUCACAACCAUGCUUUAUACUUAAAUGUAUAACUUCAGAUACUGUCUAGUAAUGUACAUUCACAAUAACGUAGUCUUCUGUGCACUCUACUUCAUAGAAACAAGACUUUGUUGACUAUCCAGCUUGUCUACCUUCCCCAAAUGUAAUUUCAGUUACAGGCACACAAGUUGUCACCUCACAGUUAUGUCUGUGUAAACUAAACCGGCAUUGCAGCAGUAGCAGGUUAUAUAUGAUAUAAAUGAGAUCUUCAGUUUCUGUUACAGAGCAGGAAUUAAAGGGGGUUUCUAUUUAUUCCAGAUGGUGGUUUUGUUAUACAGAUCUGAUAUUAUCAACGUGGGCAUAAAUAUUAUGGGGCUUUACAGCUUUAAAAAAAUAACAAUAAUACAUUUUAAUUUAGAUCAGACUGAUAUUAGAAAUGCUACACUGUAGCAUACCAGAUUCCCAAAGCUACCUUCCUCACAUCAGUGUUAUAUGUGUAAUAUCAAAGUAAAUAUGUAAUAUUGACAGAGUUAUCCAGUGGAUGUGCUGAUGUUUUAUAUAUUACUUGUUCCUGCCUACAAGUUGUUGCUGUUAAUGUAAUGUACGUAUUAUUAUUAUUAUUAUUAUUAUUAUUAUUAUUUAUUUAUUUCUUAGCAGACGCCCUUAUCCAGGGCGACUUACAAUUGUUUUUUUACACAUUAUUUUUUACAUACAAUUCCCCAUUUAUACAGUUGGGUUUUUACUGGAGCAAUCUAGGUAAAGAACCUUGCUCACGGAUACAGCAGCAGUGUCCCCCCCACCUGGGAUUGAACCCACGACCCUCCGGUCAAGAGUUCAGAGCCCUAACCACUACUCCACACUGCUGCCACGUAUGUUUCAUACAGAAACAAGUCUCUAGUUUGAAUAGGUUCUUAAAAUUUUUGUUGCAUAUUUCACUGCGGCAGCUCCACUGCCACUAAUUUAAGUAUUUAAACCUUGUGAUACUGUUGAAGCAUUCCCAACGUUUUAUUACGGAAUAUACAACAUGCUUGUGGCAUUUUUUGUGUCCAUUCCAUUUUCCCAGACAAACCUGUGAACUGCUCUUGUUCUCAUGCACACUAUCAUAUUAUAUUUUUUACUAGUAAAACAUGAUGGUUAUAACAGGUAUAAUUGUGAUCCUAAAAUGUAUUAAAAAACACAAACUACUGAAAAUAAACCAUUUAUUUUGUUCACAAGAUAUUCUCGAUACAAUGCAUUGUGUAAAUAAAUAAAUAAAUAAAUAAAUAAAUAAAUCCCUUAUCUGGUUACUUUUGGAAUAGGCAUCAAAAUUGAUGUAAAUAUGUCUCUUGUUGCUCCAGUGAGCAUUGGUGGAUUAUCGCUUGGACUUAAUCACAGCCUGGAACUGCCUUGAAAUGGGUUUAAAUGUUCUCUAUGCCCAGUUCAUGAUCCCUAAUGUGAAUCAGAGUCUUCAGGAGAUUUGUCUUUCAACCAGGUAUCUUUGGAUCUACUGAGUUUGCCUACAAGAGGCGGUCAAAAUUCAAACACAGUGAAAAUUUGAUUUACUGGCGUUUAAAAUUUUCAGAAUUUGUAACAGCUUUACAGAUUUGUCCAUCCCUGAGAAUAAUGCCGCAUGAACUGAUCAUUUGAUUAUUUGGAUUGAGCUCUCCGAAGAAAUCAGGCGCUGACAAUCAGGUGAGGGUCAUUGGGGUUGACUGGGCUAAUAUAUCAUUCAAAGUGAAACUAGUGAAGAAACAGCUGCUUGGGUUUGUGAUGAUUGCUGUUUUUCUUAGACUGUGGAGAACAGCAAGCCACACAAAACCAAGCAGCGGUUUCUUCAGUUGUUUCACUUGGAAUGGUAAAUUAACCCAAUCCGCACCAAAGACCCUCGCCUGUGGAGAGCUCAUUCCCAAUAAUCGAAUAAUCGGUCCGUGCAGCUCUAACGGAGGAAGUGUAAAGUUAGCUGGAUAUUUGUUUAUCUUUAUUUGAUUAUGACCACUUCCUGGCCACAUCCCAAACACCGAAAACUGCAGUUAUUGUUUGUCCAGUAAUCCGAAUUAUAUUUCUACCUCUUUGGUAUUAUUAAUGGGUUUGGAUUUUGACCAUUCCUUAUAAGCAAAUUCUCCAUCUAAAGUACUUUCUUAAGAAAUAUAAUGCAAGGCAAUGCAGUAUUUAUGAUGGCAAACUGAACAAAAUCACAUCAUUCCUCUUCAGCACAGUUGCUAAUUAAUUAGUGUUGUCAGGAUACCAGUAGCAUUGUAAUCAACAUUCUGGAAAUGUGUCUGUAUUAAAGGUCCACAUGGCAAACUGAAGCAGUGUAAAUCUUACUUGUCUACUGAUCCUGAACAAUUUAAGAAUGAAUGGCUGGGUCUGAGAUGGUGCUAGAGAUUUGGGAUGAGACUAUUACCGACACCAAUUCAUCGCUUCAGGAAAACACAGAAAAAAGUGCAAACAUAAGACAUGGAUUUAUGUGGCUUUCUUUUAUAGUUAUUUUUGACAUUAAUCUCAAACAUAUAUCAGCAAAAGCAAUUACGCUUUUUUGGAAUGAAGAGGACAGAUAUUAAUCUCAGAGUCAAUGCUAUUAAAUUGUUCUAAACUUAGAUCUAAAUACAGCCAUCAUGUUCAAAAAACUCUUUGUACCAUAAAAAGAAAACCAACAUCUCCAUCUUUGCGUGGUCUCCUUCAUCCAAUUUAAGGUUUGAUAAAACAUUACUUUGUCUAAGAAAUAUAACCUGAGUUCAGAUGAGAACGUCUAAUGUUUAAUGUGUCUGAAUCCUCCUAAAAUGAGCCACAGUCUGAAAAUGAGUCCAGCAGCCUCAGCAAAUAAAUAAUGGAAUUGUAUUUUUAUGAUCAUUUGCGUAUUGUCAAUGUUUUCUCUGUCAAAUAACAGUGUGAUUCUUCAAUAAAAUAUC